UCACCUCCUCCACCUGAAUCCGUUAUCUGGCUCUAUUUUUCUUGCGAUGUUCUAAUAUACAAAUGCCUGGAAAUAACAAUAUAAAAACUGAAAAAGCAUGCAGUGCCGCGACAAACACUCGCAAAAAGUCCAUCAAACUAAGUCUUGCCGAUUUCCACACGCUUCUAGAUCAAAAAACAACUCCAGAAAAUGAUCAAAAGAUGAAGCCGGCAAAUAGCGCAGCAACAUUGAAAGGUUGGCCAAGCGGCAGAGUUCGCUGCCGCGGCGUUUGUUGCGACAGAACUCCCAGUGAUCCCGAGCACCAGAAUCCGGCUACCCAGGUGACAAGGAGUCCAGGAGAAGCCAGUCUUAAGGCUAAAACAAAGGCCUUUAGCGAAACCAAAAGCUUUUUUACCAAAAACCAAGAAUCAACGCAAAACGGUCUCUCCGAGAGGUUUAAAAUAAUCUCUGUAAAUCCAAACUCUCCCAAGAGCCCACAAGGGCUCAGUGGUCUUUCAACAAUUCUGGAAAAUCAUGGAACUAAUGAAAAUCUUACUAGCCCUCCAGUUACUAUACUAAAAAGACUCAAUCAACAUGAUCGUGGUCUUUCUAAAACUAAAGUGCGAUCCUGUCCAAGGAUUCCAACGCCUCCGAAAGAUGUACCACGGGAGCUGAAGCAGGUGGAUCGCAUGACCUCGGCAGAUUUCCGGCACGACUACAGUGCCCAUUUGGAAAAUAUGCGAACCCGGCUAAAGGAACAACAGCACAUGCAUUUCUUAUCGACGGCCAUCCAGCAAAAUCAGCAUCUCUUCAAGGGCCGAAGCAUUCUGGUGCUUUGCUGCGGUCCCGGAACCCUGGCCCUCAUGGUCGCCCAGGUGGGGGCGAAAAGCGUUUACGCUGUGGACUACUCCCAGGUCACUGGCUAUACGGAGUUGGUGGUCCGAGAGAAUCGGAUGGAGCAUAUCGUCAAGGUUAUGCAUGGUCGCAUAGCCUCAAUAAGGCUGCCCGAGAAAGUCGAUGGAAUUGUAUGCAACUGGAUGGGCCAUUGUCUGCUCUUCGAAUCGGAGGUCUUAGAGGUCCUGGAGGCACGCGAUCGAUGGCUGAAGAAGGACGGUUUCAUUCUGCCCGAUCUGGGUUCGCUAUAUCUCCUGGGAUCCGAGGAAAGAAAGCUGAAAAACGAUCGCUGCAAUUGGUGGCUGAGUGUAUAUGGAUUCAACAUGAACGCCAUGCGUCAGUAUGCCCUGGCCGAGCCCCGCUAUGCCAAGACUACUGGAAAACAGAUUUUGACGCUGGCUCAUCGCAUCCUAAGCCUGGACUUGAAUAUGGUCAAAAAGGAGGAUCUUUACAUAGAUCGACCCAUAAGACUACAAGUUAAUAAACAGGGUUACGUGGAAUGCUUCGUACUCUACUUCGAUGUGGAGUUCAGCCGCUCCCACACUCCCCUCAAGAUGAGUUGCAAUCCCUGCCUAAGGCUGCCCUACAAAAAUCUUUGGCAGCAAACCGUACUCUUUUUGGAGAGCUCGUUUGUGAUGCGUCACGGUCGCCACUAUAUGGGCAACCUGAAGUUCAAGCCUUUGCGGCCGGACAGCCUCAAGGAAAUGGAAAUCCAUAUUGAGUUCUACGGAUGUGAUAACUUCGAAGACGACUGGUACGGUGGCUAUUGCGAUCGCUUGGUGGCCAAGCGGUGGCUCAUGCUGGAGCACUUUCAGACUGUCAGUGAGGUUGCCAGUUGCCAGGACGAGACAGUGGGGAGAGACCAAUAUAUUUAG